AUGGAUCUGUUUUUGAUUCUAGUGCUCUGUCUUUCCUGUUUGCUUCUCCUUUCUCUCUGGAGACAGAGCACUGGGAGACAGACGCUCCCUCCUGGACCCACUCCGCUCCCCAUUAUUGGAAAUAUCCUACAGAUAGAUGUUAAAGACAUCAGCAAAACCUUAACCAAUUUAUCAAAAGUAUAUGGCCCUGUGUUCACUCUGUAUCUUGGUCUGGAGCCAACUGUGGUGUUACAUGGGUAUGAAGCAGUGAAGGAAGCCCUGAUUGAUCAUGGAGAAGAGUUUUCUGGAAGAGGCAGUUUCCCAGUAGCUGAAAAAGCUAAUAAGGGAUAUGAUAGGUGUGCAGGAGUUAUUUUCAGCAACGGAAAGAGAUGGAAGGAGAUCCGGCAUUUCUCUCUCAUGACCCUGCGGAACUUUGGGAUGGGAAAGAGGAGCAUUGAAGACCGUGUUCAAGAGGAAGCACGCAGCCUGAUUGAGGAGUUGAGAAAAACCAAAGGUGGGUGA